AUGAGAUCAGUCUCUGUUCUGAACAAGAAAAGAAAAACUGAUGCAUCGCCAAACCCAUUCAGAUCUUCUGCGAAUGCGGAGGAUAAUGAGUAUCCAUCAGAUGUGGAACCUGCACUGGAGUUCGUUAUCAUUAAGAAAGACAUCACUGCUACAGGAGCUGCCUCAACUCUUCUUGUCUUCAAUAAUGAAAGGGGAUUUUCUGCUGCAAACGUUGAAUCCAUUUGUAGGAUUGGUAAAUCCACUAAGAAAGGAAACAGACAUCUUGGCUAUAUUGGUGAAAAAGGUAUUGGAUUUAAAAGUGUAUUUCUGGUAUCUAGUCAACCACACAUCUUCAGCAAUGGGUAUCAGAUAAAAUUUAAUGAAGAACCCUCAGAAGAUUGUGAUAUCGGAUACAUUGUUCCUAAAUGGGUUGAUGAGAAGCCAAGUAUUGAUGACAUACAUGCGGUAUAUGGCUAUUCUAAAAAGCUUCCUACGACCACUAUCAUCUUACCCCUGAAGAGUGAUAAGAUACUCCCAGUGAAGAAUGAACUAUCAAGCACGCAUCCUGAAAUUCUUCUGUUUCUUUCGAAAAUUAGGCAGCUGUCUGUCAGGGAAAUAAACGAUGAUCCAAAGGCCAGUAAGCUUAGCCAGAUUUCAAUCUCAAGUGAAGUGGACUAUAAGACACAGAAGGAUAUAAAUGCAGAGUCAUACACUCUCCAUCUAGCUAUGCAAGAAAAUAAAAGGGGUGAUAAAGAGGAGUGUACCUACUAUAUGUGGAAGCAGAAGUUUGUGGUCAAACCAGAGUGCAGAGAUAAGAAAAGAAUGGAGGUAGAUAAAUGGGUGAUUACCUUAGCAUUUCCUCAUGGACAACGACUAAGCAGAGGAGCACGGUCACCUGGUGUCUAUGCAUUCCUGCCAACAGAGAUGGUUACUAAUUUGCCCUUCAUUAUUCAAGCUGAUUUCCUUCUUGCUUCAUCCCGUGAGUCCAUCCUGCUUGACAGCCAAUGGAAUCGUGGUAUACUUGAUUGCGUACCUUAUGCUUUUGUCAGUGCAUUUGAAGCUCUUUUGAAAUCAUCAAGCAAUGCCCCAUCAUUUGCCCUUCCUCCAAUUUUUAGGUUUCUGCCAGUAGCAACUUCUUCCAUACCUGUGUUUGAUUCAGUAAGGUUGUCAAUAAAAAACAAUAUUGCAACUAAAGAUAUAAUGCCUUGCGAGUCCUUUGAUACACAGAAGGUUUUCUGCAAACCCAGUGAGGUCGCUAGGCUGGAUGGUGCGUUCUGGAGAAUUCUAAUCAUGGCCAAGAAACGUGGAAUUAAUCUGCAGAAUUUAUGUUCUCAUGGCACUUCUGUCCUGAACUCCUAUCUUGAUAGCAAGGAAUACAAUGAUGUAUUAGGAUUUCUGGGAGUUGGAUAUGUCAACCAUGAAUGGUAUGGUAAGUUUAUUGAUGGUUCAAAUCUUGUGACACAGGCUCCGGAAGAUAUUUAUCUUGAAAUAUUAUCUUUUAUUGCUGAUAAUUGGUGGUUGAAGUUUUCUAAUACAAGCAUGUCGGAUGUACCCCUCAUAAAAUAUGUGACUGGAGCUGAUUGUCCGUCAUAUUGCAGUGUAAGUGGAGCUAACAUGCAUCAUAAGAGGAUUUGUAUAGCAUCCAAUGUUAAUGACUUACCAUGGAUUAUUGGCUGGAGCAAGGAACUCUCAACUACCUCUAACAUGUUCUUUCUGCCCCUGAAUACACAGAAGUCUCUUAACACGUUUUGCAGGAGAACACAGAUUAUUGAGUGGCUUCAGAAAAUUGCGAAGCUGGAAAUUCGGAACCUCUAUGAAUAUGCUUUUGCAGCUUCGAAGACUAUUUAUAAGGCAAGUUCUGCUAUUGCUUACUGCCACUUCCUUUAUCACUCACAUGCAAACAAAUACAUUACUGAGGGGAGCAUUAUCAACCUGUCUCAUGCAAUGCCUUUGGUAGAUAAAUGUGGAUCCGUGAUAAAACAGAAAAAUGCUUUGCUUGUUCCUGCUGAAGGGAGCAACUGGUUUACUUUGAUUGGAACGAAUCCUUGGAGAUCUCAAAAGUAUAUUGAUCUAUCAGCAGAUUACAUGUCUUCUGGAACUUAUGCCGGAAAUUAUACACCUGAAGGUCAGCUCAUAACAUUCUUAAGGACUUAUGCACAAGCAAUGGAUGUGCCGUUUAUGCAUCCUCCCAAUGCUAGUUUCCCCUCUGUUUCAUCUCCUUUAGCUAGGGAGAAUGCACUUUUGCUUCUGCAAUGGAUUAAGAAUAUAAGAUCAAGCAAUAUCAGUCUACCACAUAACUUCUUGAGCUGUAUCAGAAAUGGGAAGUGGCUAAAGACUUCUGUUGGUUACAAGUCGCCAUCAGAAUCUUUUCUAUCAAGUGUAGGAUGGGGAAGCAAGCUACAGAUUCAAUUCAUUUUUUCUGGUGUGCCCAUAGUUGACGAAGAAUUCUAUGGGAGUAAACUGCGUGGGUACGUGGAAGAGUUGAGAGCAAUUGGAGUGCAGUUUGAGUUCGCAAAUGCUAAUUUACACAUUGCCGACCAACCGUUGAGCAUGGAAAAUGUUAUUUUACUCCUACAGUGGAUCAAGGAUCUAAGAUCGAUAGGUGUCCAACUACCUCAUAACAUCAGGAGCUAUAUUAGGAAUGGAAGUUGGCUGAAGACAUCAAUUGGGUACAGUUCUCCGUCACGAUCUUUUUUGUUGCCUGCACAUUCAGGAAAUUUGGGGCAGAUCAUAUCUGUAUUUUCUGAUGUGGCCAUCAUUGAUCAAGAAUUUUAUGAAAAUAAAAUAAGCGCAUACAAGGACGAGCUGCAUGGUAUUGGAGUGCAGUUUGAGUUUGCAGAUGCAUCUGUACAUAUUGUCAACUAUCUUAUGUCAAAAUCAUCAAACGGUGCUCUUUCUCGGGUCAAUAUGUUUGCAAUGCUUCAGUUUAUCAGAAACCUGACCGAGAAUAACCUGACCUCUGUAAAUUUCAUUGAAAAAAUUAAAAAGGGCUGCCAGUUCAAGACUUGCCUUGGGAACAGAUUGCCAGUAAAUUCUAUCCUGUUUAACUCAGAAUGGGAAAAUGCUUCUGUCAUCAGCUCAUUGCCUUUUAUUGACACCCUGUUUUAUGGUGAGGACAUACUUGAGUACAAACCAGAGCUUGAGCUACUGGGAGUUCAUGUUGCCUUUAAACAGAAUUACCAGCUGCUAGUUGACAACUUCAGUCUCAUUAGAGAUCAAAUUACUCCUGAUGUCACCAUACUGAUGCUCAAGUGCCUUCGAUAUGCUGAGAUACCUCAACAUUUUGCUAAAAAGCUGAAAGAGCUGAAAUGGUUGAAGACUUGUCUUGGCUUCAGAGCUCCUCCUGGAACUUUCCUCGUUAAUGAUGAUUGGAAAUGUCUUCUGAAUAUUGUUGAUGAUGUACCGCUGCUUGAUUUGAAGUUCUAUGGAGAUGAAAUUAGGGUGUACGCAGGAGAGUUAAGGAAGGUUAGUGUAAUCGUUGGCUUUAUAGAGGCAAGUAAGGCAAUUGCCUGUAGAGUCACGAAACUGUUAUGUUCUUCCUUGUUUACAGAGGAGAGGGGAGUUGCCAUGCUGGAAUGCUACAGAGAACUUAGUACCAAGCAUGGAAAGUUACCUGUUGAUCUUGCCAAUUGCAUGAAGUAUGAGAGAUGGCUGCAUACAUCACUUGGAUUCAGAGCUCCUCAGGAAGCAAUUAUUUUUGGUUCUGAAUGGGAACAUGUUUCUAAAAUUUCCAAUCUACCCUUCAUUGAUGAUUAUUAUUAUUCUGAGUAUGGCCAGGGGAAAGGUAUCAGCAUCUACAGAGAUGAACUAAUGGCCUUGGGUGCCAAGGCUGAACUAAAACAUGGAGCACCCUUUGUCAUCUCUGGACUCAAAAUUCCUCAUGAUGCUUCAGCUAUUACACCAGAAGCUGUUAUAUCAUUGCUGAAGUGCAUCAGGAGCUGGAAAAUGCUUGGCUCAGCUUUACCUGACAAUUUCAUGAGCUCAAUCAACCUGAGGUGGGUGAAGACGACUGCAGGAUAUAGGCAUCCCAAGAAUUGUCUCCUGUUUGGUCCUGCCUGCUCUUCUCUUCACAGGGAUGAUGGCCCCUUCGUAGAUGAAGUGUUUUAUGGGCAGGAGAUAUUGUCAUAUGAGAGUGAGCUGCACACAUUAGGAGUUAUUGUGGAUGCUAGGGCUGGCUGUGCGCUGAUGGCGCAGUGCUUAAAGAGUUGCUCUAAUGGCGAUGCAAUUUCCAGGAUAUACUCAUAUUUGGAGGCAUUACGUUGGAAGCCUCGCAAUGCUAACGAUAAUUGGAUUUGGGUACCACAGGGAAGUGAUAAUGGACAGUGGGUGAGCCCAGAUCGUUGUGUUCUUUAUGACAGAAAUAGCCUCUUUGGCUCUCAGCUCCAUGUUUUGGUAACAUGGUACGACUACAAGCUACUUAGGUUUUUCAAAACUGUUUUUGGUGUGAAGGGUCAUCCAACGAUUGGCGACUACUGCAGGCUCUGGAUCAUGUGGCAGAACUCCAAAUCCACUCCGACACCAAAAGAUUGUGCUGCUUUCUUUGAAUUUGUUGAUAAGAAUUGGAACACAGAAAUUGGCAAGUACCUUGCUGGAUCCAUCACAAAAGUUCCUGUCUGCUCAGAAGAUCGGAUCUUGCUACUUCCGAAGCAGGAUGUGUUCAUUCCAGAUGAUCUGCUGCUGGAGGAUUUGUUCAGGAUGCAGGCUGAGCAACCUUUAUUUGUAUGGUAUCCACCAGCUAGCUUGUCUCUCUUAUCUCCAGCAAAACUAAAUGAGAUUUAUAGCACUGUUGGUGUCCAGAAAAUAUCCAAGGUUGUUACGCGGGAUGAAUCUGAGGACUUGAAGCUCGAUCAUUCGCUAACCAUGGUUCAGAAAGGAACCGUGAUCAAACCUGGCUUGCUCAGGAUCAUACUAGCAUUUCUUGCAGAUCCUGCUCUCGACUUUCCUGCUGAAAAGAGGCAUGAAAUGGUAUCAUGCCUCACCAAUGUGGUUGUCUAUGAGACAGCUAUGCCUCUCACAGUGAGCUAUCAGGUAGGGCUUUCUUCAGGAAGAAGCUUGAACGUUAAAUCUGCACGGAUUUUCCGCUGGGAAAGGGAGGAAUCCAGAAUUUUCAUGACUAGGAAUUUCGGGUCGGCGUCACUGGAGAAUGCGGAGAGGGUACAGUGUGCAGCAUAUUUUGCUGAGGAGAUAUCAAAAGGGUUGUUGUUUGAGAGAACAGACCAAGUUCCUGCUCUCGCUGAGCUUAUCAUGGCUGGGUUUCUGUUGGACUUUGAUGUUCCUGCUGUUCGGUUUCUGUUGAAGUUCAAGAACGUAAGGCUGCUUGAGGACGAUGAACAGUUCUGCAGCUACCUUGCAUAGUAACAAAUCAUGUUAAAUGUUACUCCAUUUGGAUACUGCAACUCUGCGAGUCACUAAUUCCCCCCUGUUUAUCUGCAUCAAAGUUUAUUUUUUUAUGUGCAAAGCCGCACUGGACUUCUGGACCACUACAUGUGUACUCGUAUGGAGAAUGGUGGUUUAUCAUCGUGGCAUAGCAAACUUUUUUGUUCUUGGGAGACAGAGUAUGAGGCCGCAGGAUUGAGCGAUGCAAAUUAUUGCGUAGUCAUGUUCAAGAGUUUGUUGUUUCGUUAUGCUAUCUCUAUUAUUAAUGCUAAUUAUCAACUAUGGCAUGAAUGCUUCCGAAAAAGAAACUGUGGCAUAUGGAAGUGUGUUUGUGUUAGCCAUAUAUCGGUGCCUUCAUACUUCAAUUUAAUCUUUAUCGAUGGUAUUCGAUAUGAAUGAUAGUCUCCUAUAUAAACUAUGUUUUCCUUAGAUAACCAUUGUCUUCCUUUUUUGAAGUAAUAAAUAAGUGGUUUCCUUA